CUCAAUCGUUCUCUUUGGCUGUAUGGAAGUAAAGGUACGAGUCCAGUUGUGACAGCUGAUCAGAAGAGUGUCACAGUGAAAGUGGCCAUGCAUCCCUUCGGCUGUGAGGCGGAGACGUCCCUUCAGGACCUGUUUGAGUACUUCAAGAGGUGCCUGCAGCAUGGAGAGUGGGAGCUGGCUAAUGCCUGCGUGCCACAGCUGGUUAACUCGACGGGAGGACUUUCAGAAAACCUCCAAGACAUAAUCAAAGCUAUUGUCUGCCAUCCGUACAGUUUAAAAUGGCAGACUGUGGGCAGUCCACACAAACUGGCUUGGUUUUGGCUUCAGGUUUUGGAGAAAUGGACAGAAGAGCAGGUUCCUCCCAACAUCAGAAGAGAGCUGGAGUUCCUGCUGCUCCUGGAAGAGCUGAGCUCAGAGGGCAUAGCAGAGACUGUUCUUAAGGAGUUGCAGCAUGCCUUCUUGGACACACAGUCUGAACAAAAGUCCCCAGAGAGUCCAAGGACAACAGAUGCUGCUGUUGAGUCUUGCUUGAGAACUUUAUUGGAGAAAAAGAAGCCCAGACUCGCCCAGACUUUAGCACAUUUCUUACAGGACCAGUCAUGCACAGAGGACCAAACUCUGCAGCACACAUUCAUCCAACACCUGAUGAAAGAACUGGGAAAACCGGAGAGAAGGCCGGAGAAGGUGGAGGAGUGGGUGGAGGAGAUAUACGCUGUGUUGUCUGUGAUGCCGUGGAGCUCUCACAGAGGCGGCGGGCAGCUGGAGGCGCUGUGUGAGGCGCUGUGGGCAGCAAGAGACGGGCCCCUGAGAGAGGAGAGGAUCCUGAGCUCGCUGCUCCGCCCUCGCUGUGACGCCCUCGUCUCUGUUUACUGUUCCACCGCUUUGAGACUUCAGAGGGAUCAUCUGCUGAGGAGCGCGCCUGAUACACAAGUGGAUCUUCCUGAAGCGGAGAAGCUGGCCCUCAGUUUAUGUUGCCAUCAGGAUCGUCCAUCAAUUUGGAAGACCAUUUAUUUUGAGUGCCUUAGUAGUGGAAAACAUUUUCUCGAGCAGGUCUUGAUUACUGCACUCGACCUUAUUAAACACGAGGAGUUUUCCCAGCUGAAAGACUUGCUCAAGCUGGAGUUUCAGCCCUUGUCUCGGCUGCUGUUGCUCCUGGGAUGGACUCAGUGUCGCAGCCUGAGCUCGGCUCAAACGCUGCUCAGCAUCCUUCACAGAGAGCAGGCACCAGCUAAUGACUCUGUUCUGCAAGAGUUUUCAAACCUUUUGUUCUCUCAGCUGGGAAUACUUGAAUGGUGUAAAAAUAACAACCCAGGGAUUUCCAUGGAGGCAUUGCUGGCUCAGCUUCACACUCUGGACAACCACUCUGCCCUCUACAUCCUGCACUCCCUGACGCCUUUGGCUCAGUUUGAGGAGCGCAAAAUACUGGAUCUGCUGCAGCAACUGCCAAAUUCACCAGGAACAGAAGACGCCGAAGUCGUCAGUAGUCUCAGCUCUGGUGUGCAGAGAAACAUGGUUUUGUUCCAGGGGUUCUGUGCCAUGAAGUAUGCCAUCUACGCUCUCUGUGUAAAUGCACAUAAAUAUUCAAAUUGCACCGAGUGUGAGUCCAUGCAGCUACAGCAGCAUCAGCUCUCUGAAGCAGAAAUGGACCAAAACCAAACCUCAACUUCCUCAGAAGGUUGCCAUUUUCUGUUCCAGCACUACCUGUCAGAGUGUCAGCUUUAUCUGGAGGCCGUGCCUGCCAUGUUCCGCCUGGAGCUCCUGGAGAACAUCUUCUCCCUCCUCUUCCUCUCCACCACUGACUUCGCCCAGCAGAUCCAAAAAGACUCGAUUCAGAAUAUGGGGAAUGCCACUCAGUCAGAGUGUUCAUCGAAUGCAAGAAACACAAAUGAAGAAUCUGGAACCAAAGGAAAAAGAGAUGAGACUGAGCAAGAGAACCAGAAGCUGCCUCCGGGUUCACCAACAGCAAGCCACCGCAGUCACCUGGAGCUGGGGCACUUUAUCCAGGGCUGCAGGGGGUUUCUGGCUGACGCGACGGCCAUGGCGGGUUUUCUGAAGCUGCUGAAAGAAGGGUUGGAUGGCAUGAAGGUGGAGGGCCUUCAGGAGGGACAGGAGGCGGGAACAGCCGAGGCGGCGGAGAACCUCGGCUGCUCACUGACGGCUGAGACAUUCGGGGCUCGUCUGCAGAGGUUGUCCAAACGCACUGCAGAGGCUCAGUGGAGGCUGCAGAUCAUCACCAGCAACCAGGGCAGUGGAAGUGGUUCAGAGAGUCCUCUCCCGAUGUCAGCGGUCAGCUGUGCUGUCACGCCUCUGGGACGCAGCAAGAGCUCGAGCCUGAGGAGAAGGAAGAGACCAGGGAGACACGCAAUAGAGAGACAAACCUCAGUGGAGAAACACAAUGGGGAAGUUAGCACGAGCACAUCAGAUGGUGGAGGAGGGGCAGGUUGUGUGGAGUUGGAGGUUUGCCCAUGUGGAGGUCCCCACAACUGGCUGGUCCCCGCCAUGUUGUCCCCUCCAGAGUCUCUACUCAUGUCCUGCAUCCGCAAGGGGAACUUCAUGGAGGCACAUCAGGUGUCUCAGGUGUUCAAUUUGGAGGCGUCCACCUGUUGUGGUGAGCUGGUGUUCAUGGAGCGCUACAAAGAAGUCCUGGUGGAGCUGGGAAAGGUGGAGCAGAAGAUGGAGAGCCAGUCUAUGUCUUCAUCCUCGUCCUCCUCAGAGGGUUUGGGAACAGCAGCUGUGUCCGGCCCCGGGCGGAGUCGGCUGGGCAGCAGCGGGCGAUCAACCCUGCAGGCCAUCGGAAGUGCUGCUGCUGCAGGUGUGGCUUUCUACUCCAUCUCAGACAUAGCAGACCGUCUCCUCAGCACCCCGGCUCAACCGAUGCCCUCGCUGGAGGAAGGCUAUUGGCUGAGCUGCUGCACUUCAGACCCGUCUGGCCUCCUUUACACACUGCUGGAGGAGCUCAGCCCAGCAGCCAUGGCUGCCUUUGACCUGGCCUGCUGCCACUGUCAGCUCUGGAAGACGUCCCGACAGUUGCUGGACACCGCAGAGCGCAGACUGAACAGCAGCCUGGAGGCUCGAGGAGUAAGAGUUGACUCUAAGGUGCCCCAUUCAGAGGGGAUCUGUGGCUUUCCCAUGGUGUUACAGCAGAUCAACAAGAUCCUGAAUCAUUCUAACACUAAGAGCUCUGUCAAAACAGAAGCUGUUGGGGAAGACCAAGUGUCCGCCAGCCCAUUUGGUUGCUGCAUCCAGGAAGUUCUCCUGUGUUGCCACCCAAUACUAAACGAAGAUGGCAUUGCUGCUCGGCUCAGUCGAGCUCAGCGUUUGGAGACCACACUGCAAAUCCUGAGCACUGCUACAGACGGCACAGAGGGCAGUGUUGGCAGCGCUCUGCUGACUCAGUUAGUUGAACAGGCCAGUCUGAAGCAGUCAGAGCUGGAUGCUCACCCCGUGCGCUCCAGCAUGAAGCAGCUUCUUCGUUCUCUGGAUCAGCUUUGCCCCUUCGAGCCAGACGGAGACCUUGCCAGACCAGAUUAUGUGCGCAGUUUCCUCGACUACGUAAACACACUAGCAUCUGUGUUAGUGCGCAGCCUCGGUUCAGAAGAUCAGAGCAGUGAAGUGAAGCUUGGGAAUCCACUGCUGGUUUUGCUUCAAUCUCCAUUUCAGCUUCUCUCCCACCUUCUGUUUGACAGACAGGUGUCUCCUGACAGAGUGCUGUCGUUGCUGCAGCAGGAAGGUCUGCGUCUGAGCGUCCAGCAGGUGAUUGUCCAGCGAUGCUGUGAGACUCUGCCUGUGUGGAUCUCCUGCCCAGGUCAUGACACCAAUCAGGCCAAGAAAGAUGACGGAGUCUUUGGUGUUGCCAGUUUGUCCGUCCUGCUCCAACAGCAUGCUCAGGAGCACAUGCCGACUCUGGGGAUCACCGAGUCUGAGUCUGAUGAGAGCUCUGAGUCUGAGUCCUCAGCGGAUGACCAGACUCCUACAGCCACCAACCUCUCCACCUCGCCACCAUCUAGUUCAUCCUCCUCGCCUUCUUCCUCAAGCUCUUUUCUCCUCACCCCAUCCGCGCUGUCUUUCCUAAAGUCUCGCUCCCCUUUACUGGCCACACUGGCGUGUCUGAGUGUCUGCAAAGGAGAAACUGCUCGGACGCAAUCCUCUGGAUGGUCCGGCUACUUCCGUAGCAGCCGUAAAGAGGCUGCACUGGAUGGAGAGCAGAUAUCUCGUGAAGCAGAUAACCUCCUGAAGGAGUUCCCUAUCCUCCGGGCUUACCUUCACACCAUGGCUGAACCCCUGCUGGGCACCCUGCUGAGUGAGGGGGAGGACGGUUCUGCUGGACUCGGGGCGGUUGUUUGUGGGAAACCUCUCGUCAGUCUCCUGCUGUCUGGGCCUCAAGAAGAAGUUUCCCAAGCUGUGGCUGCCGAGGCCUUUCAGAAGGCUCUUUCCUCCAGAGACCUGGGCCGAGCACUCAGUCUGCUGGAGCUGUAUGGGCAAGGCUGCAGCCAGGAGGGGGCGCUGAGGGACCGCCUGCUGGCCUGUGCUGCCUUGGAAGAUGGAGGUGAAGGUAUUGGUCAGCUCUUCCGCGUACAGGACGCUAACCUGCGGGCGCGUGUUGCUCUCCAGGCUCUGGAGCGCUGGCCUCUGUCCUCCUGCAUGGAGCUGCUCGAGUUCUGCCUCAACGACCCGAGCACAGAGACGUCUCUGAGAAAUGACCUCGAGCUCAAGAAGAAAGAACUGGACAUCUAUCACUGGAUGUUGAGUUUACAGCCUCCACUGCCCUGGGCAACUUGGCAGGAGCUGAGGACUGAGUCAAAGACUAACUCUGAGUCCAUGUUAUCUAUGAUGGUGGAGGCAAAAGAGUUUGCUCUCUGUGCAGAGUGGGUGGGGCUCUAUCCUGUAUCAGACCAGCUGAGACUGCAGCUACAGACUGAACAUCUGCUUCAUCUGCUGGAGAAAGGACAAACAGAUGAGGCUUUCCAGUUACUUGAAGGCCUCUCAGACUUUGUGGUUGGCUUGGACGUUUGUGAGCGUGCUCUGGACCGCCGCCCCGGAUUGGCUGCCUGUCACUUCCUGGCCGACUACCUCACUCUGCAUUUCCAGAGGGAGGUGUCUCCAGCACGCCGGCGUCACAUCCACGCCCUCCAUCUGGGCUCUAAGGUGUUGCUGACUCUGCCCCCAGCGGCCCGGCAGGAAUACUUCCCGCUGCUGUCGGAGCCCCUGUUGAUGCUCGAGCAGCUGUUGAUGAACCUGAAGGUGGACUGGGCAGAUGUGGCUGUGCGAUCACUGCGGCGCCUCCUGGUUGGUCAGGAAGCCGGCUUCGGUGCUGAGGACAUCGAUAAGCUUCUGGCAGACUACGCCUGCAAGGCCCUCGACUUCUCCUGCGCCCCCAGAGAGCGAUCUCGUUCAGACUCUGUAAUCAGCCUCCAGGAUGCCCUGAUGCAGUGUCCCGCUCAAGACAGCAGCUCUCUGUCAUCCAAUCGAAUGGAGUCUCCAGCAUCCUCUGGAGGCAGCACCCCGACACACACGUCCUCCUCAAACAGCACAGACCGGGAGAAGGAUCGAAGCUCCGCAGGGAGAAAACGGCGCUCGGCUGCCAAGUUCCAGCCUCCAGACCAACCGCCGGCCCGCAAAGACUGGGUCCCUGACACCAAGCAGCUCAUGUGCAUGGUCUGCAAGCGUGAGAGGUUCACAAUGUUCAACAGACGGCAUCAUUGUCGGAGAUGUGGCCGUCUGGUUUGUCACGCGUGUUCAGAGCAUAAGAUGCCUGUUGAGGGCUGCCCAGGAGAUGAAGUCAGAGUCUGCGACCAGUGUUACGCAUACUUUCACCCAGACUCUGACGACGAGCUGGAACCAGCUGAAGUGGCUGGAAGCCCCGUCAUCACACAGGAAGCUCUCGAUGGGAUGCUGCAUCUGCCUGAAGUGAUCCAACGACAGAUCGAACUCAGCACAAACUCUGCAGAGAACCAGCUGCUGCGGAGCGAAUUCUACUAUGAACAGGCUCCCAGUGCGUACCUCUGCGUGGCGAUUUUGUCUCUGCACAGUGACCAGACGGCCUGUGGUCAUCAGCUCAUCAGUCACUGCCGAUCUCUGUCUCGUAAACUGACCAAUCCAGAGGUGGACGCCUGCCUCCUCACAGAUAUCAUGCGGCAGCUGCUCUUCAGCGCUAAAUUGAUGUUUGUUAAGGUUGGCCGCAACCAGGACCUCGCCUUAUGUGACAGUUACAUCAGCAAAGUGGAUGUGCUCAAGAUUCUAGUGACGGCCAAUUACAAAUAUAUUCCUUCUCUGGAUGACAUUCUGGAGACUGCUGCUGUUACACGUCUCCGAAACCAGCUGUUGGAAGCAGAGCACUACCAGCUGGCAGUGGAGGUGUCUACCAAGAGUGGCCUGGACCCUAGUGGCGUGUGGCAGGCAUGGGGGAUUGCAUCUGUCAAGGCGGGAAACCUUUCAGGGGCGAGGGAGAAGUUUGCACGCUUCCUGAAGCCUCCAGUGGACCGCAACCAGCUCAACCUGGGUUCCUUACUGCUGCAGGAGGUCGUUCAGCACCUGGAGUCCACUGUACAACCAACUCAUGCCCUGUCUCGUGGUGAGGACAUCUUGGCGUCCCUGUGGGAGCUGGAGGAGGCCUUGUGUGAGGCCGGUCCUGUGGAUCGACCAGAGGGACAGACGCAGAGCAGCAACCUCCACCAGGAGUGUCUCUACUACCUGAACACAUACGGCACUCACCUGGCACUCAUCAGCUUCUAUAUGCGUCACGACUGCAUGACGGAGGCUCUGACAUACCUGCUCAACAGGGAGUGUCCAGAUGAUGUUUUUCUGGAGGGUGUGUUGCAGCCCAGUCUGGAGAGGGGGCGCCUUGGCACGCUGCAGGCCAUCAUGGAAAAGCUUGACCCCGGCCUGGAGGCAUGCAGCCGCUACCUCAUCGCCUCCUGCCAGUUCCUUCAGCGACGAGGAUGCUUCAACACUCUCUACCAGAUCCAGCAGUUCAUGAUGGACCAUGUGCGAGCUGCCAUGACCUGCAUCCGGUUCUUCACUUACAGAGCCAGUUCGUACCUGCAGCUGGGAGAACAGAAGCACUGGUUGGGUAAAGCCAAAGAGCACCUAAAGACAUACCUGCAGGAGCAGCAAGGCCGGGGCUCUGGGAGAAGAAGGUCUCAGGUCAACUCCUUCAGGAAGAUGAUGUCGCCCAGUGACGUGUCUAGGCAUAUGAACACAAUUGAGCUUCAGCUGGAGGUGACCCGUUUCCUGUACCGCUGUGAGGCGGCGACCUCCUCCAAGACGCCACAGACCAGCACACCUUCCUCCAAGUCCCCUGGAUCCAGCUCACCACCUACACUGUUUGGAGGAAGCCCAAUGAAAGUUGAGGUUGCCUGCAAGGUGAUGCUUGGAGGAAAAAACAUAGAAGAAGGUUUUGGCAUUGCAUAUAGAGUCAUACAGGACUUCCAGCUGGAGGCUCAGGCGGUCUACGAGCGUGCCGGCCAGAGGCUCGUCCGACAGAGGCAGUAUGGAGCCGUACGGCAGCUGCUGAAAUGUGUCGGUGAAUCGGGCACCGCCACCAAAAACGACUGUGAUGCCCUCAUCCUCAGCUGUGUCUCCAUUGCAGAUAAGGGACCAGCCGAUGCCAAGGAGCUGGAAAGUCUCAUUCUGGAGACGAAGAGCACAGAAACCAAGAUCAAAGCCUACCUGCUAUGCAGAAAACUGCGACCAGCGUACCUGCUGGCGGUGAAGCUGGAGCCGAGCCGAGCGGGCCCGUUGGUCCAGGACGUCCUUCAGGCGGCCGAAGCAGCGCAGGAUUCAGUGAUGCAGAAUAUCUGUAGCCAGUGGCUGUCUGAACACAACAGCAAAUCAUCUCAGCAGCGUCAGGGCCGACCCAAUGCCAGGUAAAGGCAGUCAGCCUAACAAGGGAUCACACGAACUGCACUUGAUAACAAAUGAGCCACUAUGAAGUGUGAAUAACAGGAUCCAGGGUUUCUAACACAGUUGAAGAAAUGUUGAUGAUUAGUCAGCUUUCAGAUAGACUGCACAUUGUAUGCUACAGGAGAGUAGCAAGCAGCUGUUGCACAUGUUACAUGUUGUGUGGUCUGCAGCUGCAGAUCAUUAUAACGAUAAUUAUAAAACACUUUUCAUGCCCUUAAAGUCCCAUACUAUCACUCAACAGGGUUAAAAUUAUUAGAAUGAAGUUUUGCAAACCUGCAAAAGUUUAAGGGGAUAGUUUGUAUUUUUGAAGUGGGAUUGUAUGAGGUUCUUAUCCACAAUCGGUGUAUUACCUACAGUAGAUGGCAGUUUGGAGAAUCAGGCAGGAGCACUGACACAGAAGUUAAGCCACCUAAAAAAUACCAAUAUCAAAUUAAGUGUAGGCUAUAUGUUGAAUAUUUUUGUACUGCUUUAUGUUGCUGUCAGACAGCUGUUACUGACAGGGAACUGAAGCUUUAAUCUAGGCGCUCUUCAAAGCCACCGGAAGUAAUUUUACCUCACAGAACAGAGGAGUUUCUGGUCUUUCAUUCAGGGUUCGUACGGGUGUUUGAAAUCCUUGAAAAUGCUUGAAUUUAAAUGUUAUAUUUGCAAGGUUUAAAAAGUGCUUGGAUUUUGGAUGAAGUGCUUGUAAAUGCUUGAAAUUCUUACUGGAUUUCUCUUGCAAUCUGACUAUAUCUAUCGACUAUAGAUGAUCACAUGUUCAAUGUAAAAAAUAAUGAGUAGCCUAUCUGAAAUGAAGACCGUUCCUUCUAAAAGUGUAGUACCAUCGCUGUUGGUAUGGCUCAGUGAAAUCUCCCCUUUUAGUAUGUAAGUACUCAUCUAAAACAUGCAAUUUAUAACCGGUGAAAGAUACUUGAAAAGCUUGAAAAUGGACCUUGAAAAUCCUUGAAAAAUGCUUGUGUACGAACCCUGUUCAUUAGCUUAAUCGGUUUGUUUGUUUGCGUUUUUUGUGUGAAUUUGGUGUUUUAAAGGCUUAGUUCUGAUUAACCAAAGUCAUACAAUAACACAAAAACUAACCAAGCCUUUUAUCAGGUAGCUUUGCUGCCGUACAUUGUUUAGCUUUCUAAUGGUACUCUUGCCUGUUUCUCCAAACCCGGGCUGUGCCGACCGCCACCUACUGUAGGUAACACACUGACUAUGGAUAGGUACUUCAUAGAACCACACUAAACAAAAUCCAAACGUUCCCAAUCAAUUUCCACCUUUCUGCAGUAUGUAAUCUGGGACCCUGUGAAAUGACUGUUUGGUUUGGUUACAUGUGAAACAAGCAAAGUUCUGACCACACAUGUCAUUGAUACUUGGUGAGAUCAGACGGACAAGAAGCCUUCAACCAGAGAGAGCAGUGACUCUGUUCAGCCUGGUGUUAAGUUACUGUUUAGGUGGAAACAUCUUGAAACCCUGACGAUCACUUUCUCUUUCUGUUUGUUCAGCCUUCUGUCUGAAAAACUAACAAAUCACCGCCGUGCUUUAUUUCCAUCCUGGAGAUAUUUUGCUGUUAUCUCUCAUCUGUACAGUAUUUGAGAGGGAACAAUGUUACUACAACAACUAUUACAGAACAAAAUUGCUAACUGCAAUGUUAACCGUCGUUUUUACACAAUAUAAACAUAUCUAUAAUUCAGUAUUUGACUUACAUUAAUCUCCUACCUCAGCCAAAAGGGAAAAUAUUGUUAACUGACCAGAGGGCCUCUGACAUGUCACCUGUCCUUUUUUUUUUUUCUUUUCAUUUUUAUGUGCUUGUUGUUCCUCUGUUUGAAUUUACUCUGAUGUAAAUGUCCUCCGCCAAUAACGGUACAUGUUCAAUCCUCAAAGAAACUGAAAAAUCUUGUAUUUGUUAUCCCGAUGAAGCCGUUUACCUGUUUUAAAUUAUGUCGUAUAGCACAUUUUAUGGCCAGCUUUCAGUGUAUAUUUCCCUUUUGGUAAGGGAAAUUAAUAUCAAACACAAUUUGAUGCAUUUUAGGGCAUUGUUGAGAAAUUUACAAGAAAGUUUAAGGUUGGAUAAAGAAAGGGACCGACUUAUAGAUCAUGUUUUUGUUCAAGUUGAAAUAAUGCAGAAUAUCAACUCUAGAGUCAUUAGUUUCAUCUCGUUUCUAUGUCUCAUCUUCUGUCACUAAUUUUAAAUCAUGCUUCUCACUUUCUUCACAUUUAAGACCAAUAUCUAUCUGAAAUGUAUAAAUACACAAUGAUUAACUUACACACAAAAUCAGUCAAAUAAUAUUUAAAAAAGGGAUAUUACUUUUGCCAUAUUGAUGUUUCAUUUUGUUUUUGCCUUUUUUUUUCACAAAGAUGCACCCUUUGUUUACUUGACAAUCACCUUUGUUGCUGAAGCUGCCUUUUCAAGGAUGAUGUGUACUUCAGAGCCACUCUGAUUACAUAGUCAAGGUCUGUCUUUGUUUAGAGGAGUUGCUGUGUUGUCCUUUUGUCUUGCUUCCCUCUGCUGCACUAGUCUGAAGACAGAGACUGACGGAUCUCCCUGUGAUAUAAGUGUCGAUCGGCAGGAGAUGAAAAGAAGCCAGUGUAGACAUUCUUGCACUCUAAUCCUCCUUAACUCGGACUGUUGUCUCAUCACUGCCGCACUUUAUACCUACUGAGUUUCAAAAAAUAAAAUUCUUUUGGUAAAAAUUGUAAAAUAUGUAACUGCUUUGAUGAUGCAGGGACUAAUGAUUUUGAAGUGUAAUUGAUUUCUUCAUCCCCUGUAAAAUAAAAUGAGCAAAUAAUAAAAAAUGUAAUAUACAAAAA